AUGAAUGAUUGCAAAAGAUUUGAGGCAAAUAUAUUCAACAAUGGAAAAUGUAAAAAUUGUUAUAAAUCAAAACAGAAUCAUUCUUCAGAAUCUAUCGAAAAUGCAAAGGUAAGCGAGUUUUUUAUUUUUUUACUCGAGGUUCAGAAUUUUGAGAACUUGAACAUGAACUAGAAAAAAAUCUUGAUUUUUUUGCUGAAAAUUUUGAUAUAUUUUUUCCGGAAAACGUGUACUUGAUUUUUCAUUUUGAAAAUUUUCAUUUCUCGGUAUUCAAUUAGAGAAUGUGCCAGAUUGUAUAAUUGUUUGACAAAUGAAUAUAAAACGAAAUUUCUUAUGGGGCUAUUCAGCGAAAAAAAAUAUGUUUUCUCAACGGGAGAAAAGCGAAGAAAACCUAUUCAAGUCGGUUGAGAAAACAUAAAAAUCAAACACUUGAAACACACAAAUUGCGACGAGACCCAACGAAAAACAUCGUGUUCCUUUAACCUACUGUAGAAAAUCGCAACGGGACCAAUUUACAGUAAUGCAAAAGGUCAAAGGAACAUGUUGUUUUUCGUUGGGUCUCGUCGCAAUUCGUGUGUUUCAAGUGUUUGAUUUUUAUGUUUUCUCAACCGACUUGAAUAGGUUUUCUUCGCUUUUCUCCCGUUGAGAAAACAUUUUUUUUUUCGCUGAAUAGCCCCAUUACUUUUUGGUGAGUGAACUUUUCAAAAUUCUCAAAAAAAGUAUCGAAACUAUUAAUCCAUAAUAAUAAUAAUAAUUUAAUUUUUCUCUCUACACUCUCUAUUUGACUUUCUCUUUAUUUCCGGUUAUUUUUUGGGUCAAAACAAAAACUUUUUUCCCUAUCCACACCUAAAAAAGUAUAAUCGACAACAAAAUGCGUAUUUUUUCGGGGCAGAAUCAUCUGAUGUGACAAUAAAAUAAUAAUAUUCCAGUUCUGAUUCGAAUAAGCAUGUGAAGACAUUGUCUUUUUCUCUAAACUCUCUCUUUUUCCCACACUUUCUCAGUCUCAUCUUUAUUUGGUUGUGGAAGAAAAGAAGAAGAAUGAGAAGAUUUUAUAUUUACAUUUUUCUCUCAUAUGUGUCUUCUCGGAAUAAAUAAACAUUGAUUUGUCUUGUAUUAUUCUUCACGUUUACGUGUUUUCUGUCUUCAACUAUCCACAAACUUUUUUGAUCCUAUUGAACAUUUCGAAACUUCUCCAUAUGUCCAAAAAAACCGAAAUUUCAUAAACAAAAAUGUCUUCAAAAUGUGUUUUUUCAAUGUUUAUUAGCUCAAAUUUUAGUUCAAGUUAGUGUUUUUCACACUUUUCAACUUUGUUUCUCUGAUUUUCUCUAUAAAUUGAAGAAGACUAAAUGUUUUCGAUUUUAUCGUCAUUUUAUGGAUACAUUUUUAACAUGACCUCAAUUUUCUUUUUUCGGACAAUACGUUCGUUCAAAUUAUGCAUUCACUGAUUCAAAAACAACUUUUUUUUUAUUUUUUCAAGUAUUUUUUUGAGAUGAAUACUUGUAAUUUUUCUCAAAAAUAAAAGUGUUCCGGAAGAUAUAUAAUUCAAUCAAAACCGUAUUUAUUUAUCUGUUUCGAAAAAGACGUGUGGUUGUAAAAUUGAAAAGGUUCUGUUUCUGCUUCUGCCUUUGUUUGUCAUUCCUUUUGUAUUUUCAUUUUUGCUCGCAGCCAACAUGAUCAAAUUCCGUUUUUGCUGUUGUUAUUAUUUAUUUAUUUAUUCAUCAAUAAUAUUUUUCUUUUUAAAAAUGUGUAUAUGUAUAUUGAUUUUCAAUUCAUUUUUAUUUCGAACAAAAAGUUCAUCCCCAAAGUAGUAUAGUCAGUUCUUAUUUGCCCGAAAUAUAAUUAUAACCACAACAAACAAUAAUAAUAAGUAAUAAUUCAUCUCUUUCUCUUGUUUAUUUUUUGCAUGUCCCGAAAAAACCAGUUUUUUUCGCACAUCCAAAAAACCGAUAGUAUUUUUACUAUACCAAUUUUUUCAGCAACAAAAAUAAACAAUUUUUGUUACAGAUGAAUCGAAAAGUGACAGCAUGUGGAUUUUUAUAUGUUGCACCUCCAAAUCUUGAUUUUUCACUUCAAAGUCAUUCGGCGAAAAGAUGGCAAAGAAGAUGGUUCACAUUAUUUGAUUCUGGUGAUUUAACAUAUGCAAUUGACAAUAGUGUGAGUAAUUUUAAAUACAUGGGAAACUAUUGACAUAUGGUUUGAAUAUAUUUGUUCAAUGAACAACAAAAUAAUUAGCAGGAAAUUAAUUAUCCAUAAGCCCUUUUUUAAUUUAAAAAUUGACAAUGAAAUUUUCCCAGUAGCUAAGUUUUUGAGAAAGUUUCCAAAACCAUUUCCACGUCAAGAGAAUGUAGUUUUAUCUUCAGUAACUACUCGAUUCGAGUAUAUUAUUUUCGAGUUUCGUAAUUCAUCAACCUCAGAAUAUAUUUCAAUAUUCUAGGUUGAUACUCUUCCACAAGUCAGUAUUGAUAUGUCACUUUGUCAUCGAGUUUGUGAAGCUCACGCAAUAACUGGCAAUGCUCAUUCAAUUCUUCUUGCUUUCAACAAAACAGCUGAUGAUCAACCAUCAAUUCUUUAUAUAAAAGCAGAUACAACUGAAGAAAUUCGAUGGUGGCAAAAUGUUUUGAGCAAGUUCCAAACACAAAAUGAGAAUAUGUCAAUUCGUCCACCAAGAAGAGGAAUCGAUGAAUUACCAUUGAGUGAAGAAACACUUGGAAAAAUAGAUUCUUGUACUUCUUCUCGAUGUUCAAGUGUUGAAAGAGCAGAAAAUGAUCGAAUGAUUGAGGGAAAAUCAGUUAGAAGUGUCAAAAAACAACAAACACAGAAAAUAUCAAAAGAUGAUAUUAUAAUAACAUCUCCUUCAACUGAUGCUGUUGUUGUUCCUGCUGCUGUUUCGACAGAACCACAACCACAAAAGUUACAUAUUGAUUUAUCAAAUGUUCAUACACUUCGGAAAGGAUGGUUAAUGCUUCGAGGAAAAUCAGAUAGUGAUUGGUGUAAACAUUGGGUUGUUCUAGCUGGUCUUCAAUUGAAAAUGUAUAAAGAUGUUUGGGCUGAAGAUUCGACAGAACCACUUUUGACUAUUGAUCUAUCACAAUGCGAAAAUGUAUAUCCAAGUGCGAGUGCGCGAAAUUAUGGAAUCGAAAUAAAAUGUCGUCGAACAAGAUAUGUUUUAUCUGCAAUGACUCCAGGAAUUCGAGAUUCUUGGGUAUCAGCACUUCAACAAAAUCGACAUCAUCCAUCACCAACAUAUACAGAAACAUUUUCAAAUGAUGCCAAUAGUUUGGCAGAUAGUUCAGAUUUAUUAGGACUUCCUGUUGUGAGUUAUUCUAUAUUUUAAACAUUUAUUUAAAAAAUGUAUUUCAGAAAAAGAAACACAUUGCUUAUGUUGCUCCUGAAUCACAUCAUUCAAAUUCAAUGAUGGAUGAACACAGUUCAACUGAAUUAGAAAUUGAAGAUGAUUCAUCAAGAAUGAAUACUGCACGAAGAAGGAGAAGUCGAAAAAUUGGAGAUGAAAGGCGGCAUAGUGGAGGAACACAUCAACAAACACGUGGAGAAUCAUUAUCACCGUCUGUUAGAAGAUCACCUGUUGCUCGAAUUAAGGAACGACGAGAAAUUCGACAUAGACACGUUUCAAAUUCCUCAGCCACAUCACAUCAUACAAAUGAAAAAGAUAUUUCACAGGCAAGUUUUUUUUCUAUUAAAAAAACUAACAAAAAACGCAAUUUCAAUCGAAAAUUUUAUCGAGAACAGAUGUGAUCACACGUGUUUCUCUUUUCUCGUCAGAAUUUUCCACAUUCAUUUAUGUGGAAAAAUAUGUACGAGAAUCCUGAAGAAGCGUUUCAACGAUGUAUUCAGAAUCUAAAACAAAUUUCGGAACCUUUUCAGCAACGCGAACAACAUCGAAUUAAUUCUGAUGAAACCCGAUUGAGAUCAUUGGAAAAACAGGUUAGUUUUUGGAAUAGAAGAAAAAUGAACGAACAUUUCAUGAGCUAAUAUUUUAUAGGUUGAAAAUCUUCGUGCACAAUUGAACGAAGCUGGAAAUAGGAAACGCGAUGAAAUAAAUCAAGAAAUCAAAGAACUUCGAAAAACACUGAAAACUUCUGAAGAUGAAAUGCAAAGAUAUCGAAAAGAAGUUGAAAAUCUUCGAAGGCAACUAAAUAAUAACACUCAAAGGUUGGUUGAUAUUUUUAUUGUAAUCUUAGAAGCUGUUUUAUCGAAGUUUUUCAUUGAAAAUAAUUGUUAUCAAUUUCAGUGUAACUCUUCAACGUGUUAUUUUAACAACACUUCGUUCACAACUUUCUGCUCUUUCUUCAUUAUUACGUUCAAAUCUUUUCGUUGGAUCGACUGAACUUUUCGAUAAUCUCGAUCAUAUUGUUGAUAAAAUAAGUGUGGAUCUUAGUUUGGAACAAACUGAAGAUGUUCUACGAAAAACAACAAUUUUGUUCGAAAAAGUAUCGGCAGCUGUAAAUAUUCCAUUUUUAUCCGAUUCUUGGACAAUGACUGAAGAAAUCGAAAAAGAUCAAAUAAUCAAUGAAUAUGAUAAUGAUUUAGAAAAACAGAUUGAAGAUAUCAAAAGAAAUCAUGAAACAGAAAUCGAAUCGAUUCGUUCACAAUGUGAUCAAAGAAUGGCUGUUUUAAAAGAAAGAGCUGAACGGGAAGAGAAUCGGAGGAAAAAACUCCAAGAACAACUUGUUAUGGCAACAACUCGAAGUGAUGAAUCAAUUAGUUCAGUCAAAUCGUCAUUUUCACAAAUGCUUCAAGAACAAAGAAAAAGUUUUGAUAUUGAAAUCGAAAGUAUAAAGAAAGAACACGAAGACAAACUGAUGGAAGAAAAACAUGCAACUCGACUUGCAUUAGAAGCAGUUCGACGAGCACAUGACGAAGAAUUGAAAAAUGUAGCAGCCGCUGUGAAAACUGAUGAAGUUGGUAACAAUUUAGGAAGACAAAGUGAAGUAUUUGAUGAAAUGAGAGAAGAACUUGUUAAUUUAUGUGCAAUGUAUUCAGCAAAAUGUGUAGAAAAUGCACAACUUGAUGAACAAUUAUCUAAUUUCCAAAGUGAAAAAGAAGCGACUGUGUAAGUUUUGUGAUUUGAUCAAAAUCUCAAUAACGCUUAAUUUUAUCCACUUCUGACGCUUUCUAUGCUUUUUUACAGAGAACUGAGCAUCGAAAAUGAAAAAUUGCGGGUAGAAAUCGAUCGAAAAACAAAAGAGAUUGAUGAAUUGACAAGGAAAGUCAACAAUAUUGAAAAAUUACGAGGUUAGUUUGUAUUUUCAUUUUCCAAUACUAAAAAUAAUUACUUUCGUAUAUAUCAUAAAUUUUUCUUCAAACGUAACUGAGCAAAAGCAAGAAAAUUGUUUUGAAAAAUGAAAAAAACAACCAAGAUGAAAUAAUUCAGGUUCAUGUAGUAGUGUAUCAAUGCCACGGUAAGUUCUGAUUAGAAUAGCAUGGAUUAAUUCCAUUUAGAAAUUCGUGCUUAGUUUUGGUUUGCUAUAUUCUUCCCGCAUGUGUGAUGUUUAAGCUAUCCUAACAGGGCUUUAUGCUAUCAUCAAUAAUUUAAUUCAUUUUCUUUAAUUUUUCAGACCACGAAGUGUUAGUCGGUACUCAACGAACAGGUCGUCGAGAAAAACAGAAGAAACGCAAUCGUAGACAUGGUUUGUUUUUUUUUGUUCACUUUUAUCGAAGUAAUCUCGAAAGUAUUUUUGAAUAACAAAAUCACACGGAUUUUAUUCUCGAAAGGCCUAGCAACAAAUAUUCUUAAGACCUAACUUUUGAGGCAAUAGUUUGUUAGUCCUUCCCCACUUUUAAUUAAAUUAAAUCAAAUCCAUUAAUUUCAGAUGUUCGUUUCCACAGUAAUCCUGUCGAAAUGCCCACAAAUAUAGAUUCGCUAGUCGCCUCUUCUUCUUCUAUUCCAAUUCCUGUUUCGGAACGUCGAAAAUUUUUCGAACAUAUUGCCGAGUACAGUACACCGUUUUAA